AUGAGGGCAAAUCGUGGCAUGGAGCUGCCAGAGGACUUCUGGAUACCCGUCGCCCUGGACACCAACAAUAUCACGGCACUCAGUCCUUUCCUGGUUCCUCAGGACCACCUGGGGGGCACAGGCAUCUUCUAUGCCAUGGCAGGAUUCAUGUUCUUCCUAUUUAUGGGUGGCACUUGCAUUAACACCCUCACCAUUGCAUGCACUAUUCAAUACAAGAAACUGCGGUCCCACCUCAACUACAUCCUGGUGAACUUGGCUGUUGCAAACCUUCUUGUGGCCUGUGUCGGCUCUUUCACCGCCUGCUGCUCAUUUGCAACAAGAUAUUUCAUCUUCGGACCACUAGCAUGCAAGAUUGAAGGUUUUGUGGCAACGCUUGGAGGAAUGGUUAGCCUGUGGUCUCUUGCUGUAGUAGCUUUUGAAAGAUGGCUGGUUAUCUGCAAGCCACUCGGUAACUUUAUUUUCAAGCCCGACCAUGCCAUUGCCUGCUGCGCCUUCACUUGGGUGUUUGCUCUGAUUGCCUCAGUUCCCCCACUGGUCGGAUGGAGCAGGUAUAUCCCCGAAGGCCUGCAGUGUUCCUGUGGUCCUGACUGGUACACCACCGACAACAAAUAUAACAACGAGUCCUAUGUGAUGUUUCUCUUCUGCUUUUGCUUUGCUGUUCCCUUAGCCACCAUUGUCUUCUGCUAUGCCCAGCUCCUCAUCACACUGAAAAUGGCGGCGAAGGCCCAGGCUGAGUCUGCCUCCACCCAGAAGGCAGAGCGGGAGGUGACCAGGAUGGUGGUGGUCAUGGUGCUGGGCUUCCUGGUGUGCUGGAUGCCGUAUGCCUCCUUUGCUCUUUGGGUUGUUAACAAUCGUGGGCAGCCUUUUGACCUGAGACUGGCGACUAUACCCUCCUGUCUGUCUAAAGCCUCAACAGUCUACAACCCGGUCAUCUACGUUCUCCUCAAUAAACAGUUCCGUUCAUGCAUGAUGGCGAUGCUGGGGAUGGGUUCACUUGAGGAGGACUCCUCAUCACAAUCAGUGACUGAAGUCUCCAAAGUUGGACCUGCUUAA